GAAGACCAAGCGUGCGCAUAUCAAGUACGAAGGUAUUACUGAUCGAACACUUCAACGUAACAGGAAGCAAGUGAGCAAUUUCUUCAACCAUUUGCAUGUGCAUGGCCACCAGCUGCCGGAUAGCAUGCCCGAUCUCGAUUCAGCAGCUGCGGAGUACGUUAAUCAUCUUUACUUGGAAGGCGAGCCACACGGGCAUGCGCAGGACUUCGUGUCCGGCCUCCGCCGGCUUUUCCCUAGGUGCCGGAAGCACGUGGACACAGCGAAGUUGUAUUGCUCGUAUUGGGGUCGAGGGUUGAAGCGGCGGCGGGCGUUGCCUCUCCCAGCCGACGCCCUGGUUGGGAUGGUCGGAGCGGCUUUCGCCUUCAACGAGGACCGCGUCGCCGUCAUUUUCCUCACUGGGUUUCUUGGUCUUCUCCGUUCCGGCGAGCUGUUGACUCUCACCUCAAAGCAGAUUAAGGUGGUCGGCAUGGGCCGCCUAGCCUCCACGCCGCACGCGUUGCGGCCUCUUGAGGCUGUGCCCCGUGUGGCGGCGGCGAGCAUGCCCCUGAGGGGCGGGCUCGCCGUAACG